AAAAAUAAAGACAACAAAAUCAAAAGUGACACGCAAACGAUUUUCGAAAAGCAUUUUAUUGAGUCGCUUUUGGAAACUAAUUUAAAAGAAAGUUCUUUCCAGCUUUAAAAAUAUUAACGAAAAAUGGCAGCUCUCGAUGAACUCCGCGCCAGGCUAAACGACCUCCAAGAAGAACUCCAAAAGCACAAAACCAAUGCAAAGACAUUCCGCGAAAGAAUCGAUAAAAUGACCGCCGAAGUCGUCGAUUCCAAUCCCUACAGUCGACUCAUGGCUCUCCAGAGAAUGGGCAUCGUCAAGGAAUACGAGAGGAUCCGUGACAAGUCAGUGGCUGUUGUGGGAGUGGGAGGAGUUGGCAGUGUCACUGCCGAUAUGUUAACGAGAUGUGGCAUCGGCAAAUUGAUCCUCUUUGAUUACGACAAAGUCGAGUUGGCCAACAUGAAUCGUUUGUUCUUCACUCCCGACCAAGCUGGACUCUCUAAAGUCGACGCAGCCGCAAAGACACUCACCUUCAUCAACCCUGAUGUUCGCAUUGAAACCCACAACUACAACAUAACCACCAUGGAGUCCUUCGACAAGUUCCUCAACACAAUCCAGACUGGUGGAGUGGAGCCCAACACUCCAGUGGAUUUGGUGCUCAGUUGUGUGGAUAACUUCGAGGCUCGCAUGGCCAUCAACACGGCUUGCAAUGAGCUGGGUCUAAAUUGGUUCGAAUCAGGAGUUUCGGAGAAUGCUGUCUCGGGACAUAUUCAGUUCAUCAGGCCCGGAGACACCGCCUGUUUUGCAUGUGCUCCCCCUCUAGUGGUCGCAGAGAAUAUCGACGAGAAGACUCUGAAGCGGGAAGGCGUGUGCGCGGCCAGUCUGCCCACCACCAUGGGCAUCACAGCUGGCAUGCUCGUCCAGAACACUCUGAAGUAUCUUCUGGGCUUCGGCGAGGUCUCGGACUACUUGGGCUACAAUGCCAUGAACGACUUCUUCCCCAAAAUGACCCUCAAGCCCAAUACACAGUGUGAUGACCGUCACUGCCAGGCGAGGCAAAAGGAAUUCCAAGCCAAACCCAAGGUGCAAGCAGUGGUCGAAGAAAUCGCCGAUGAACCUCUCCACGAAACCAACGAUUGGGGAAUCGAAUUGGUCAGCGAUUCUGCUCCCGAAGAAGCAUCCGCGUCUUCUACCGUAGUCGCCGGAUUGAAACUCGCCUACGACGCACCAGACAAAAAUGAUGAUCUAACGGAGGCACCUGCCGCUACAGCUGGACAAGAAGUUGACUUGGACGAUCUUAUGGCUCAAAUGAAAUCGAUGUAGAUGUGAAGGGAAAUGCAUUUUGUUAACGAUCAAGGCUCUUUUUAUAUUUAUUUUUGCUUUUUCAAAUAAAAACACGAACUUCCAAUGUU